AUAUAUGCACCGUCCGCACCGUUGGAGCACUGCCCACUGUACCCGCUUGCUGAUGGAUUCCCGUCGCUCAGCCCGCAACGGGUGAGAUGGUGUCCAGCGCACCCGGCAGUACACUUACACCAGCGCAAGCCGUAUAAAUUCUGAUCAACCGACAUCUCGCAAUUUAGUUGCAGUCCGAUAUUUCGUACGAACGAUUGAAGACGAUUUGCUACGAGCACGGUCUUGUCUUGAUUGUUCUGCUUGUCUUGCAUCAGGUGGCUGUGCUGUGGGUGAAACACUGUGUGUCAAAGAUUGUGCGCCCGUAUCAAGGUCCGUGUGACGUGCCCAAUUCAUUGCACAGCGUCCUGGGAUCAGUGAACCGACUCCCUACAGCAAAACUAAGUUCCCGUAUCGCGAUACCGUGUGCGUGUGUGUUUUGUGGCUGUGUCAUUCUGGUGUGUUUUGUCAGAACGGAUGUUCGCUUUCGCGUGGGUCUACUGUGUCCGAGUAAGAUCCCCGUGCUCCAGGUGAUCGUGUGUGCGAGUAACAGUCGACCGGAAGCGGCCACGACAAAACCCAAACCAGCUCCAGUGAUACAGUGAACAGUUCCGUCUGUCCGACUGGUUACCAGCGCACUGCAAGUGAUCCCCAGAUACGCCCAUCGUUCCCAUUAUGCACAGGCUGAUAGUGCUGCUACUGCUGCUGGCACUGCAAAUAGCGCGCCAUCGUGCGGCCGGAAAUGUUCUAUUCCGACAAUUUCUCAUUACAGCGGUUGAACGUAACUGCAUCGUACCGCUGAAGCCAGACUGGUCCUACUCAUCACCGCUGAUAUUCACAAAGAACGGUGUACUGAUCUCGCCCGAAAAUGACAGCCAGGACACGGAUGAGAUAAUGCUAGCCACCGGUGAUGAGGUGGUACUUUCCUGCUCACCCAACUAUUUCCGCGAAUUCUCCUCCGAAAAGGUACUGUGGGCUCGAUGCAAGAAGGAUAAAACGUUUGUGGUCAACGAGAUGGACAAGAACUUUGUGUCGGCUUUGGCGUGUAAGGAGCGUCCGAUCGAGGAAAUCAUUGUGGCGGUGCGUGGCUGUCCGGCAACUUUGCGCUCGAUCGAGUACGGCUUUACCAAUCCGGUCACCAACAAAUCGUACAUCCUGGGCGAGGCAUGCUAUGACGUCAAGAUCGGACGGACUCAUUUCAUCCACACGAAAGUAAAGUCCGGCACUAACAGCAUCGAACAGCUGGCACUCAAAGUAAAGGACAACGCGACUUACUUCCACGGUUACCAUCCGACGCAACGGUACAAGGUGGAUCUCAGCAAAGCGCUCAACAUAAACGAUCAGGCCGAACGUUUCCGGCCCGUGUUUGGGGUGAAAAAUGCACCCAAAAUCGAGUCCCGCCGAUACAUCAACGAAGCGCUGCUUACCCACCGACAGUAUCUUUCAGUAUUAAAGAUGGCCUGGAACUACCAGAUCGUGAAGGAUCGCGAUCUGUUGCUGAACCUCGACCGGUUACUGCAGGACAUUCGCGCACUUGAGGUGUCCGAGGUAGAGAUUUACACCGGGGCACACGGCGUCAUGACGCUGCAUGACAAGCACAACCAGAGUGCGGAGGUGUACUUGGUGCGCGAGAACCGUUUCCCGGUACCGAAGUUACACUGGACGGUGGUACGCUCCCAGGAGCGAGCCGUUGCAUUUGCCAUCUAUGGCAAAUCGCCACAGACCGAGCAGGAGCGCGAGAGGCGAACCUUCUGUACGAGCCUGUGCGAGCAGAUCUCAUGGCUGAAGAAGCUUCACGAAAACGAUGCGUGGCAGGAUGCUCGUGCCGGGUACGUACUUUGCUGUGAGUUGGAGGAUUUCCGACGUACGGUGAAGGAGAUACCGCCGAUCAGUGGCGUCAAGGCGAUGCUCGUUUAACGUCCUCACAACUCACUGUUUUUGGGGUUUGGUAACCAACCCGACAACCACCAAGAAUAAGGCAGCUUAGUUCAAAACGACUCGCACCGUCGUCUCGCCCGAGGAUCACGCUCACGUAAAGAUCGUAGCCGCAUAACAUCGGAACGGAAGCGGUGAGCUUUGGCCGGAACGAUAGACGAGCUUUUGGGUAUGCUCGGAACUGCUACAACUAUCGCACUAUCGGCUGCUGCUAGUACUUCCACAGCUACCACAACUACUACUACUUCUUCUGAAGUCUCUCCGACACUGCUCGAAGCUGGGGUCGGCAUUGUGAUUUUAAUUCUUUUUUUUGUGUGUAAUGUUUUAAAUUAAAACUUUAGCUGUUAGAAUGUAGUAUUUUUAUUAAAACAAAAAAACCCCACAACACAUGAACAAAACAACUGAUUGCGCAAAUAAAAAGUACAAUUCGUUUAAUGUACUUGAAAUGUAAAUAA